AUGUAUUCUAUAACUAUUUUAUCAUGCGAAAAUGUUGCCAAUGCAGAUGAUACACCAUCAUGCUUUGUUAAGGUUUAUCUUGAAGCAAAUGGACUUAAUUUAUACGUCGGAAAGACGAAUUCUUCAAAAAAGCAAGGAUUAUUAAAAUGGGAUAAAAACAUGGGCAAUAAUAUGGCAACUCUCUUUGUAUAUACCGAUGUAAUACGUUUCGAAUUGUAUACAAAAGAUUUUUUGGGUGGCAAAGAAUUACUCGCAGCUGCCUCCGUUCAAUCAUCGCAAGUCAAAUCAGGGUCGCUUAAAUUAAAGUCACAUUACUCGAGAGAUCCCAAUAGAACUGUUUAUUUCAAUGUAAAAAUCGAAUUUAUUCAAUUCCAAUUUCCAUUCAUCAAAAAUACUCUUUCGCAACAAUUUUACUUUUAUUAUCUUACAUUUGAUCCAGAGGUUUCAUAUGAUCCUUUCAAAACCAAUUGCUACUUUCAUUUCAUUACAUUAGACCCUGAAUCAAAAAAGCCUUCACUUUAUUCAGGCAGCGAUGCUAAAGAUGGCAUUUACUUCAACUACUCGCCAGUUUUCUCUGGCCCUUCUGGAUUAACACAAGUUUGCAUUAUUGACCCAAGAGCAGUUAAAGGGAGUAUGAGAUACCUUCCUGUUUUAGUAAAUCAUGGAUACAGAGGCCGCGUUUCAUUAAAUGUCGCUUUUAGUGCUCGUCCAACGAUGACUUCUUCUGGUUUGAGUUUAAUUGCUCCAGAGCACAACAAACUUUAUUCUAAAAAUGCCAUCUCCCUAAAUGUUGAAUCAGAUGGCGCUCUUCCAUUCGGAUGCGUUGUUAAUGUAGCAGAUGAUAUUAGCCAUGUAAGCUACGAUCCAAUUGAUUUAUCAUUGGAUGGAAUUUUAUCACAAAGCUUUUAG